UGCUGGGUCAGUGAAAGAGAGCCUCUCCUUAUAAAUGUGUCAAUUCAUGUGUACUAUUCUCAAGAAACAGCAGAAGUAGAAGAGUAUUUGACGAGAGCAGCUAAAGAAAAUGAAAUGUUUUGGAGGUGGCGUUGAAAUGGAUACUGCUGCGACCCCUUGAAGGACUGCUGUCACACAGUUGUUGUCCACCACUGAAAAAGAAGACGACACUGACCUGUCCUGUGGAUUUAUAUCUCAGAACAAUCAUAAGUGUAACAUUUACACUUUGCCUCGGGUCGUUUUGAGUGUCCACACACUUUACUGCACUCCUGUAGCUCAGCAUCCUCCCUCCAGUCCAAGAUGACAGAGAGGAUCCCAUGGUGGAAGGCAUUCCUGCCCAAGAAGAAGAGUGGAGGCCCCAAGGACACACCCCACUCCCUUGACCAGGACUUUGACCCCUUUGCACAGCAGCCCGAGAAGCAGAAAGACCCAGCAGCCUCCAAGCCUGCAGGAGACAACCUCCAAGGGUCCAACAAGGGCUCCAGCCUCCUCAGCGAUGACACCUACGAUGACUCCCACCUGGAGUCGGUCUUCAACGAGCAGACAUGUCGCAGGAAUAUGAAUGUGUCACGCUCGGGUCGAUUUAAGGAGAAGCGGAGGGUGCGCUCCAGCCUUCCUAUACAGGACAAUGAGACAUAGAAAGUGUCAUCAAGGAGAGAGGUGAUGGUGAGGAAGGAAUCAAAGACUGCUGUAUAAAAGAUACCUGAAGGAAAGGAGAGGGCUUUGAGUUUCAUGAAGAUGCUUUCUUCUCUUGAAGCAGCCAACCAAGAGGUCUGCUGUAUGUUGGUUACCGGGCGAGGAGCAUUCAACUUUUAGCCCCAAACUGCAGAAAUGAAGUUAUUUGGUAUAUGACAUAUUGGAAAUGUGGACAUUUUCGUCGACUGACUUAUGCCAGCAGGCCACAGAAACUAUGAAAGGUGACUUGAAGAGGAUCAUAUUUGUGUUUCAUGAUGGUUAUGGAACCAUAAUAAUAAUAACCGCCAAUAAUAUUGAAUAAUCAAAGCCCAAAAAAGGAAAUAUUAUGAAAUUGAUGUAGGCACUUGUGACCUUAAUAUGUAGUUUAUGUCCCACAGUGUCACAUUUCCAGUCAUGGACAAUGUAAUCAUUGAAAGAAUCUUUAAAAAACCUACAAACUUCUAAGAAAACACAUUCCUCAAAUCCAAUUGUCUGUCAAUACUGAAGUGUAAGUGUGAUAUGCUCAAGAAAAAAAAUACUGUUUAUAAGAUGUUAACAUUAUUUCUAUGAUGCAAAUAAUAUAUGUUUGAUAAUGAAGGAUAAGUAUAAUGUUCCUUUUACAAAAAAUGUUGAUUCAAAAGGGUUAGAAGGAUAUUUAUGAGGGUGUAAAAUGAUUUUAUAAUUAUGUUUGACACACAAUAUCACUGUGGAAGAAAUUAAACAUAAAAAAUGUUGAAUGAAGGAUGAAAUCCAGCAUGUUGUUUGACAUCAUGGGUCCAAAACAAACUACAGACUAUGAAGUAAGAAGCUAGCGUUGUGAUAUCCAUGUGAAUGAGAUAUAUGGCCGUGUAGCUGAAGAAGUAUGGUCCAGGUGUAGUUUGCUUUGCAGGAUUACUGUAUCUUGGACCAACUGUGAAAACUUAAAUGAAGGCAAAAAUAUGAGAAAUAAAUCUGAUAACUGCG